AUGGAUUAUGAGAUAGAAAGUGUUGUAAACAGUGAGACAGUGGGAAGCUCUUCUAAUUUUGAAAGACAGCCAGAUGAUGAUGACGCCAUUGUGGGGAUCGAUAUUAAAGUGGACGUUGACGAUUCUUCUGAGCGGGAACUCUUCCGAUUGGAGGAUUUGCAGGACGUCAAUUGCUCAGCAGCCGAAGGCGAACCAUACGUGGGCCAGGAGUUCGAGUCUGAAGCCGCGGCCCACACGUUUUACAAUUCGUACGCGACAAGUGUAGGUUUUGUCAUUCGUGUCAGCAAACUAUCCCGUUCAAGGCGUGAUGGGUCCACCAUAGGCCGGGCCCUUGUCUGCAACAAAGAGGGCUUUCGUAUGCCCGACAAACGGGAAAAGGUUGUUCGGCAGAGGGCUGAGACGAGGGUCGGCUGCCGGGCCAUGAUUUUAGUUAGGAAAGUGAGUUCCGGAAAAUGGGUUGUCACGAAAUUCGUGAAGGAGCACACGCAUCCUCUUGCUCCGGGCAAAGUGCGGAAGGAUUUAAUUUACGACCAAUACCCGAACGAGCACGACAAAAUCCGAGAGCUUUCCCACCAGCUGGCGAUCGAGAAGAAGAAAGUUGCGACUUACAAGCGGCAUCUGGAGAUGAUCUUUGAACAUAUUGAGGAGCACAAUCAGUCACUUGCCAAGAAGAUUGAGGACAUUGUGGAGAGUGUUAGGGAGAUGGAGUCGAAAGAGCAUGCUGGUCAAUUUCGCUGA